AUGCUCCGUAACAUCACCAAAUUGGCGGUUCAAGCCCCCAAGGCAGUUGCUGCUCGGCCGUUGAGCACUUCAGCCAAGGUCUUCCAUGGUCAAGACGACAUCAUGGAGAAAUGGGGUCCAGAAAAGUUUGACAAACAUUUCAUUGACUACUUCAGUCGUCCCGAGAUCGAUGGAUGGGAAGUCAGAAAGGGUAGGCAGUUUUAUCUUGAUUUUUUUAAAUUUAGGUAUAAUUUUGACAGAAAUACACCCAGGAUUGAACCUUCGACAGGUUUCUUGUUUUGUACUUUAGGCACGGUAGAUCCAAAGCAUUUUCACUAAGCUGCUCUAUGUCCAAAGCCUGAAUACUACACAAUCGCUUUACAUUUGCUUAGGCAUAUUGCUGAAUUCUGUAAAUACUAAAAUGUUUUAGGAUUGACUGAAUUGCACGACUUCGAUGUGAUCCCAGACCCCAAGGUUGUCGCCGCUGCCCUUCGUGCUUGUCGUCGUGUGAAUGACUACGCUUUGUGCGUUCGAUUCCUUGAAUCCAUCAAAAUCAAGUGCGGAUCAAAGAAGAACUGCGAUCUGAUCUACCCUUACGUUAUCAAUGAGGUAAUUUGAGUACUGUUGAAACUUAUGAUUAGACAGUUUUCUUAGCGUUUUAGAUUUGUUGAAGUCCCGAGAUACCAAAAGACAAAAAGGUCUUUAAGUUACAGGCAAAACAACUGCUGUAAUAUAUUUUAAAAUCCGAAAAGAUUUCCUCAUAUUAAUCCUUCGUUAUGGUAAUAAAUAUCUAUUUAUAGGUCAAGCCCGUCCUUGAGGAACUCGGCAUCUCCACCCCAGAAGACUUGGGCUAUGACAAGCCCGAAUUCUUUAUCCCUCAACCAGAGUACUGGUGGGAAAAGAAAUGGUACAAGGACUACGGAUACGACAAAUUGCCAGGCUACGAAUUCACCAAGAACUUCUAA